AUGCCUCAGGUGUCGGCCGCGCGGUUCAUCAUUGAGCUUACUCGGAAGACGAAACGGACUGUGCUCUGCUCGGAGGGCACCGAAACUGGACCAUGCGAGAACACUCUCAUUGCCCUCAACCAUCCCUUCGUCGUUCCUGAUGGUCGCUUCCGCGAGCAAUACAGGGGCUUCAUCAAGUCCGAGCUCUUCGAUACAAUUAAGAACACGCUCGAAAACUUCAUGGGCGAGAUCCAGAACUUUGGCUUCGUUUCCAACGGUAGCCGCAUCUACUACCUUAACCACUCUCAGCCGCCCUUGUUCAUUCACCUCGAUCUAUUCCGCCGCGACGUUCUGCCCGCCAGGACUCCGAAUGGGAUCAUCCCAGACGAGCUGCUCUCGUCCUCUCAGAACGCAUUUGGGUUCGUCGCGGCGCUCAACAUGGUCCUCAACCGUACCAACGGUACCUUCCCUGGAUGUCCCCCAACGUGUGGCCCCUACCAUGUGGCCCCUACACCAGUACAUCGCGCUCGAGGCCCUCCCCGCGCUCCCUUCAACUAUCACAAGCAACCCGCUCCCGACUCCCAACAUACCCAGUCUACGCUCGACCUCAUUCCAUCAGGCCAGAUUGGCGUCUCCGAGGACGCGCUUCUUGCGCAGGCUAUCGCCCCUGGAAAGAAUGCUAGCUCGUCGGGCCCAUCUGCCGAUGUCAGCAAGCUUGACGGCACGGUAGUCGGAGGGGGUAACAAGACCGACGGCGAGGGAUGGGCGGCGACUCUCCGGAGAGAGCUGGCAAAUUGCUACGUCGCUAGCGCGCUAUGCAGCUGGAACGCGACGGGCGGAGAGACCCAGACUAGUUUCAACACCGGUUACGAGAAGCUCUCCUUUUCGGACAUCGAUUCCACGGGCCGUGGUGGCGAGUACACCGUCCAGGCGGGCUUCGGCCGGACGAACGGCGCAAUCCUCUGGGUUGCGAGCAUCUUCAACGACAAGCUUGCCGCACUGAAAUGCCCUGAUGUCCUCCAGAGCGCUGCGGCAACGUCGGGCCCAACCUCUACUGGUAGAAGCGGAAGUAACGCCGCGUCGAGCGCGCGCGCUCCUGCUGCCUUCGUCGCCGCCUUCGCACUGUUUGCUGCGUUGGCGAUGCUUUGA